AUGGCCGCUUGCUCCAGACCUUUCCAGGUUCCUGUGUUUAGUGAUGCAUCCCAGGACCCUCCUCCUCCUCCUCCGCCUCCUCCUCCUUCACCUCCUCCUCUGCCUCCUCCUCCUCCUCCUCCUCCUCCUCCUUUUCCUCCUCCUCCUCCGCCUCCUCCUCCUCUCCACUCCCAGUUCUCUCAGAUCUCUAGACACAUUAGUAUCUUACCAUCUCUUCCAAGACCCUCGUCCUCCUCCUCCUCCUUUUCCUCCUCCUCCUCCGCCUCCUCCUCCUCCACUCCCAGUUCUCUUAGAUCUCUAGAGACAUUAGUAUCUUUCCAUCUCAUCCUAGUAAGCGAAAAGUAUUCCCAAGGAAGUACUCCAAACUUUUUUAGAUUUUCCAACAAACGGGUUCCAGAAACUCCUCCAAACUUCUGGAACGUGGUUGAUUUUUCCCCUUCAUCCUGGAAAGGAAUUCGCGAGUUCCCGCCCCUGGAACCAACAUUCAACGUCUCAAAGGCCAUUUUGCGCCCUCUGAACUAA